AUGAGCAGUAAUUCGCUUUUGUUUGCAGUAAACAAUGAAGGUAAAGUUUACGCUCUUUCAACUAGCGGAUCAUGUUGGAGAGAAUUUAUGUAUCUCGGCUUAGAAUUUAAGACAUUAUCUGCUGUGCCACAUUUUUUAUGGGCGGUUGGUGGCGAUCGUCAAAUAUAUUUACACGUUCACGGAUUAGAAAUUCCCAUUAGAGUCAAAGAGGAAUCAUAUGAAAAUGAAAGAUGGCUUCCGUUGGAAGGCUUUAGUGGAAGACUGCUGCCUACAGAUCGUUACCAUUUCUCUUCUCAAGAUGGAACUAAGGACAGAUCAAUUGAUUGCAUUAGAUUGCCUUCAAUGGCUUGGCAAUGGGAAGGCGAUUGGCAACUUGAACUUACUUUAGAUGGGCAACCACUUGAUCAUGAUGGUUGGACUUAUGCUGUUGAUUUCCCUGCUCAAUUUGGCCCCAUUAAACAAUGGAAGUCUUGUGUGAGGCGAAGAAAAUGGAUUAGGUAUAGAAAAUUUAGUGCUAUGAAUUCAUGGUGUGCUAUUGCACCUCUUCAUAAAGAUCCAACUCAAGAGCCUUUCAUAGAUGUAAGUAUUGGUGGAAAUCAAAUACCAUAUGCUCCUGCGGGGACCUUGGCUGUCUGGGCAAUCACAGCACACGGACGUGUUAUGUAUAGAGUAGGUGUAAGCACUACUUCACCUGAAGGCUUAAAGUGGAUAAAUGUUAGUAUUCCUCCAAACUGUGAUAUUAAACAAAUUUCAGUUGGAUCUACAGGAUUAGUAUGGGCUUUACUCUGGUCUGGAAGAGCUAUAGUAAGAAAAGGUAUAAAUAAGGAUUGUCCAACUGGAGAAGCAUGGCUGGAAGUAAAAUCUCCACCAGAUACAAAAUUAACAGCUGUGUCAGUAGGAUAUAAUACAGUGUGGGCUGUAAGUUCUGAUACAAGGGUGUGGUUUAGGAAAGGUAUAGAAGGAAAUCAAGCAGGGAAUUCAGAAACUGCUGCAAUGGGAUCUGGAUGGUUAGAAAUAAAUGGAAAUAUGAUUCACAUUUCAGUUGGUAUUAAUGAUCAAGUAUUUGCUAUUGGUGAAUCCAAUAAAAGUAUUUAUUGGAGAAGUGGCAUAACAUCUUCAGAAUUGACAGGCAAAAGAUGGAGAACAAUACAAGCAAAUAUGCAGUUAAGUCGAACAUCUAGCUCAACUAGUAUAAUUUCAUCUUCUUCAAAUCCAAAACAUCACAGCUUAAAUUUACUGAAUGAAAAUACUCCAGAAUUAAAAACUACUAUAAAUUUGCGUAAUUCUUGGGAAGAGUCACAUUCUGCACCUAUUGAAAAUACUUUGCCUUUGAAACCAUCAAAAGAGAUAAAACCAAAAAAAAAUUCAAACAUUGAAAAUAUUGAUUUAUCUGGAAAAAGCUAUGAAACAACGUUGAAAAACCCUAGAGCUUGGAGUCCAGUUAGGAGCGUUGGUUCUGUGGUUGGAAUGGAAGCUCAACCAGACAGUGAUAGUAGUGUUUUCGAUGUAGACUCUGGAAUGUACUUUGAUGAAGAGGUGAGUCAAACAGCUUGGGGAACUUGUGAUGCAACAUGGACUUUUAUAGAAGCUGGUGCUUGUUCAAUAGAUGUAGUUCAAACACCACAUUGGUUUACAGACUCCAAAAAUGCUUAUAAUUCUGAUAUAACAGCUAAAUGGCGAUUUCAAAUUCUUGAUUCUUUAAAGAGUAGAAAAAAGUUAGAAACUGAUCAUGAUAACUAUGGAUUAGCAAUUGAAAUGAAGGGCUGGACCCGUAGUUGUGAAGCAAGAUUAGUUUGUGAAAAUAAUACCAGUGAAGAAUCUAUACUAUCAUUGUAUUGGCAUGCUUCAGAAAAUAUAGGAACACUUUCAGUGUUUCAACCAGAUGGAACUAUUAAAUUUAUACUGAACCUAGGUGAAAUUACCAGUAUAAUAACGUCAUCAGAACCUGGUUGCCCCAGAAUAUCAUUAACAAUACCACAUCAAAAUCAAAAGAUCAUCAAAAUUCAAUUUACAUCUGAAAUGGAACAAGAAGAAUGGCUUAGUGUCUUAGUUGACAUAACAUCUCAAAUAAAUUGUUUAUCUGGUAAGCCAUCAAAUUAUUCAGCAUGGGCUGUAACUAAUUCUGGUGAUGUUCUCAAUUGGGAUCCAAAACCUGCUGAACAUAAUGCUGAUAGAAAUGGCAGCUACACAAAGGAGUUCCAGGUAUUUGGUAAAGAUAUUGUAAAUGGCCUUACAACUACUUUGCACAAUAACUUUCCAUCUGGAAGUGUGCUGAAAAUGACAGGAUGUUUAUAUGAUGAAAUAAAUAGAUUUCACAUUAACUUACAAUGUCCUGAAGUGCAGAAACAAAGACAUAAUAUUGAAACUGAGGUUACAGAAAUACCAUUACACUUCAAUGUUCGAUUUGAUGAAUCAGUAGUGGUUUGUAACACAAAAAAAGCUGGGUGCUGGGGGGUAGAAGAGAGACAUGUAUUACCCUUAAAGCCUGGUCAAGAGUUCUCAAUCAAAAUUAUAUGUGACAAUAUUGGAUUUAUAAUAAUUGUCAAUGAAAUGCACUUUUGUUCUUUUAAACACAGAUUAAGCCCAGAAAGUAUAACAUCUCUUUUGAUUUUGGGACCAUUAAAGUUGUACACCUUAGAGUAUAGUUCUACAAGUGCUAUUAUUGGACCUGAUGAAAUGAUAUGGAGAAUGAUGGGGGGAUAUCUGCGAAAGGUUGAAUGCUGUAACAGUGGAGUAGUUUGGGGAAUAUCUCAUGACCACAGAGUGUGGGUUUAUACUGGAGGUUGGGGUGGUGGUGUUCUUAAAGGAAUAGGGGGAAAUGACGGUAUUCAUGCGAUGACAGACACUCAAACAUAUUGUGUUUAUGAGAAUCAAAGAUGGAAUCCUUUAUCUGGUUAUACUUCUACUGGUCUUCCAACUGAUCGUUUCAUGUGGAGUGAUGUAACAGGAAAACACAAAAGGACAAGGGAACACACAAAACUACUAAGCCGACAUUGGCAUUGGAUCUCUGAAUGGAUGAUUGAUUACAAUACUCCUGGUGGGGUGGAUGGUGAAGGCUGGCAGUACGCAACUGAUUUUCCCGCUCCAUAUCAUGGAAAAAAAGUAUUUACUGAUUGUGUUCGACGUCGAAGGUGGUAUAGAAAAGCUCAAAUAGUUACUGAGGGUCCAUGGGUGAGAGCUGGAAGUACUGCAUUACUUGAUGUUUCUUUGUGGGCCAAUGAUGAGGAAGUUACUGUAUGGGGUGUAACAUUAGCUGGUGAUGCAAUUUAUAGAACUGGAGUUACAGCUGCUACACCAGCGGGUCUUCAUUGGGAACAUAUAAAUUGCCCUCAUUCUCUGAUUGCAAUAAGUGUGGUUAAUGAUUUGAUAUGGGCUGUAGGUCGGAAAGGAGAAUUAUAUUAUAGAGAAGCUGUUAAAAAAGAAAAUCCUGGUGGAUCAAAUUGGAAAUUAAUCGAAGCACCUAAGUGCAGCUUCCCUUUUAGUCACAAGUCAAGUAUUGGUGCAAAGUUCGUAUCACUGUCACAAAACUCAGCCUGGGUUAUACUCACAAAUGGAAUAAUUGCAGUAAGAAUUGAUGUGACCUGUGACCAGCGUGACGGUAAACAGUGGAAGUAUUUAACAGAUUGUGAAUUACCUUUUAAACACGUAUCGUGUAUGGAGCAAGAAGUGUGGGCCAUCAGAAGUGAUGGCACACUUCACAGACGCCUCGGGAUAACGGCGGGUAAUGCGGCCGGCAUCGCCUGGCAGCAGAUCCACUGUGGACCUUUGGUUCAUGUUUCUGCGAGAGCAUGUUCUUCUUGA